AGUAUUUACAUUUGAUUGAAUAGAAUGUCUCUUCAUACACAAAUGUCGCAGAGCGUCCGACCGGAACCAAAAAACCGGAUCAACUACGACAUUCCGUGUCAAGUUUGCCAGGAUAACUCGUCCGGCAAGCACUACGGCAUCCAUGCUUGCGAUGGCUGUGCUGGCUUCUUUAAGCGAGCAAUUCGACACAAGCGGGAGUAUCAGUGCUGCGUGACACCGCAACACGGCUUGAGCAACGGCAUGCCGCGCGCCUGCGUCGUUGACAAAAGUACUCGCAACAAAUGCAGAGCGUGCAGGCUUACUAAGUGCCUUGCUGUCGGCAUGAAUAGAGAAGCCGUCCAACAUGAGCGAGGACCAAGACCUUCCACCAGAAAGAAACACCAAGAACUUUAUUUACGGACACAAUCACCGGAUUCUACUCCUAACUCUAGAGCGGACUCUAGAUCCCCACCUUCAAUUCCUUCAUCCAGAACCCCUCAAGUCUCCUCAACCACCAACCACAUAUCCCCUCCCUCAUCCUCGUUCAGAGUACCACCUCAAAUUCCUUUUAUUCCGGGUUUCAAUUCUCAGUUCCCUCCAAUUCCAGGUUUGGGUUCUCAACUCUCUCAUUCUUUACCUUUUCCUUUCCUUCAAGCUCCUCUCUGGCCAUUUGCUCACACACCGUCACAGUACACUCCUUCCUCCCUCUCACCUUAUCCUUCAUAUCUCCCGCAAUGGCCGGUUUUAGGCCGAGCUUUAUUUCAAGAAGAUUUCUUGAAACAUUUUCGAAGUGCCAACGAGUCUUCAAAACCUACAACGUCGGCCCCGUCUGUGAACAACGAUUCUGGUGUCACUUCUGCGCUCGCAGACGCUGCUGACAUCCUGGCGGCCAAACGUCUGCACGUCCCAACCGCGCGAUACCCGUCAAUCCUCCACCUCACACCUACCCGGGUACCACCGCUCAGCACCACUGAGAUCCUCCUGAGAAACGUUCAGCUCGCGGCUUCCCUGCCAGAGUUUCAGCUGCUCUCAGCGGACGACAGAACGACGCUGUUGGUCAGCACCUGGCACCGGCUGUUCCUGGUGUCGUGUCAGCAAUUCGGCUUACAAGCUUCGGAUGACGCGACCCGCGGUGACAUGACCGACCCUAUGAGCCUGUCAGAUGUCGCAUUCGUGCACUACUGCUUGGAUUUUAUUAAACAGAUGCUCAUGGAACCAGAGGAAUACAAUUUACUAAAAGCCAUCGCCUUGUUUCUCAUUAGUGACGAGCCAGUCAGAAACGCCGAGCUUAUCCAUUCUGGCCUCUGCAGCUUAAUCACCCGCCCGCUCAACGUCAAAGCCAACCUGGCGACCUCCACUAGAAAGCACGAAUUGUACCUCGCGCUUAGAACACUGCAGAAAAUAAGCGCCCGCACCGUGGAACAAAUGUUCUUCAAAGACCUCCCGCCUAAACUCACCGUCAAGGAGAUGAUCAUCGGAAUGUUAAAUGAAACCUACACUUCAUUGCCGAAAAUCUCACCUCCAAGCCCGUGAAUUAAUUUUUUUAUUCAAGAUAAUGUAUACUUCCGAAUCGUAGCGAUGUACAUAUUUUCAAAAAAGCUGCUUGUGAAAAGCACUUGGCACUGCGAAGGCAUCCGUGACAGAGCCUGUAACGUAACAAAUUGAUCCCCUCCAGUCUAAUUGAAAGUAAAACAUAUUCGCAGCCUCAGAUUCAUCGAAUACCA